AUGUCUCCCCUCACAGAAAUCGACUCCCUCACAGCAACCAUCAUCAUCGACAACGACCUCGACCCCAUGUCCCCCAUUCCCCCGGACACCGUAGAAGUCACUGGCUUAAUGCGCACCCUGGCGACAUGUUCCCCGCACGAGGUGCAUGAUCGCGGGGACGUGCACAAGGAACUUCGAAUGGAGGAUAUAUGUUGUGCGGCACACGGAUUAUCUAUCCUCGUUACUGCCACCAAAGACGGAAAACAGCAUACGAUACUCUUCGAUGCUGGACCAGAAGGUCAAGCCUGGGAAAGGAAUGCCAAACGGUUAGGGCUGGGGUUGGCAGAUGUGGAGAGGGUGAUGUUAUCGCAUUGGCAUCGGGAUCACUCCGGUGGAUUAACACGAGCCAUUGAGAUGAUUACAGCUGCGAAAACAGCCACUGGCUGUUCUGACAACAGCACGAUUGUUGAUCUCCAUCCGGAUAGACCAGAGUAUCGGGGUAUGGCUAUCGGGAGCGAGAUUAUUUCUCUUCAGGCGGAUCCAACGGUUCAGGAGAUUGAACGUGCUGGGGGGGAAGUAACAAUGGAGAAAGACGGACAUACGGUUCUUGAUGAUUUCUUCUACAUCUCGGGGGAAAUACCCCGACGGACGUCUUAUGAGACGGGAUUGAAAGGAGGGAUAAGAUUUGAUAAAGACGAGGCGGAUUGGUUCUCGGAUGAGAGGAUCGCAGAUGAGAGGUUUUUGAUGUGUAAUUUGAGGGGGAAAGGGAUUGUCAUGUUUACUGCGUGUAGUCAUGCAGGGGUGGUGAAUUGUGCUCGACAUGCGGUUGAAUUGCUGGAUGUCCCUCUUCAUGCGAUUGUUGGGGGGUUUCAUCUUGCGACGAGUGAGGUGUCGCAGAUGGAGAGCACAGUUAGGGAUCUGAAGAAGUUGGAUCCGGCGGUGGUUCUGCCGGGUCAUUGUACGGGUUGGAGGGCGAAGUUUGCGAUUGAGAGGCAGAUGCCAGGGGCGAUGGUGCCGUGUUCGGUGGGUAUGAGGAUUAAGUUCUAG